UCAAGGCCGAGUGGCCAAGCUUCCAAGUAGUAAACAAACUAGCGAUUUUGAGAUAAAAUGAAUCAAAACGUGAAGUUGUUGAGUGUAGAAGAAAUUGGGUCUAUUGGCAAUCAGCUACGGAAGAUUUCAGAAUCUAUUGGUCUCGAAACGUACCCAUUCAAGGUUGGCUGGUAUAAUGAAGCUGUAAGUAAUUCUUUUCACCUCAACUAUCAUCCAGAUACUGUUGCCUUUGUGGUGCUCAGUGUUCCAGCCAUGUUUGAAAAGUGCCUCAUUCCAUUCAUCAAAGAUGACAAAUAUGACUGCUUAAGUGCCCAGGAUCCCCUUGAUCAGUGCAUGAGAGAUGUUUUUCAGAACAUUAUUAAAAACUUUCCAGAUUGCAAUGUAACUUGCAUACAUGAUUUUGAGGUCCACCCAAACAGAAGGCCUAAAAUUCUGGUGCAAACAGCAGGUCAUGUUUCAGCUGCUGCAUAUUAUUAUAGACAGGAGGAAUUAGAAAAGCAACCUUCAGGACAAAAAUUGUAUGGGGUUUCUAUUCAUCCCAAAUAUGGAGGCUGGUUUGCAUUUAGAGGAAUACUGAUAUUUGAAAAUAUAGCCUGUCCAGAUUUGAUCAAAACAUUGCCAGAAGAUGUUGUAAAAACUGAUGAACAGAAAUUGGAACUUCUGAAGAAAUUCAAUUUCUCCUGGAAGGAUUGGUCAUAUCGAGAUGUUAUAGAGUCAGCUUCGAAGUACUCUGAGGAGCAAAGGUUGUUCUUUAUGACUCCUCCAUCUGAAAGAAAGUCCCUUAUGGAAACGAUGAAAGAAAGCAAAUAGGAAAUUCAUAAAACGUUAUGCCUGGCAACUUGUUAAGUACAGGAUGCCAACCAGGUGUUGGGCUGUGGUGUAGUGCUAGUUGGUUAAAUUUCACUUUUUGCCAUCAUCCUUUUUGCAAGAGUUCCUGGCUCUUUCCAUAGUCUGAUACCCCAGUGACAAGUGUUAUGCAUAUAUUUGAACAUCUGUUUCAGUUUCCAAUUCAAAGCUGCAUACAUCAUCUAAGAUUCAAAACUUUGAAUUCCAUCUGAGCACAAAUUUAUCUCCCAUAUGGCAUGGAAAACCAAUUUGCCAUUUCCCAUGGAUUAAAGGCCACCCACAAAUGACCUGGUAGUUUGAAGCACUAACAAAUAGGCAUCGCAUUAUGCACCUUUAAUAUAAAUAUUGGCAGUUAGCAAAACCUUCUUUUGUGGAUAAAACCAAUGGACUAUCUUUAAGUCAGAUAACUGCUUCUUUCCAAGAUGGGUGUACCAUCUACCACAUACGGCCCUGGCAACUGUUGCUUCUUGCAACUAAGUAAGUGCAAAAAUGAAGUAAAAGAAAGAAACUAUAUAAUGAUUAAGCUCAUUAAAAAGAAUUUUUAAAAGCUAUACUAAAAAUAAUGCUUGCUUUAAAACUUUCAAUAAUGAUCUUAAUUUAUCAUGCAUAUCAUUCAUUUACGCUGUAUUUUCAUGCAAUCUUUUGAUAUUUUUGACCACAUGCUCUUAAAUUAAUAGUAGUUAAUUAUAGCUAAUAGUUAUAAUUAGUAGUUAAUACCCACGUAGCUGACUUUGUUUUAUAAUCAGUUAUAAUUUUACAUAUACGGCAUGUUUUGGAGAAGAAAUUGCGGAUAAAGUACUUGCAUUUUCAGAAAACUUUUCAUUCUUUUAAUUAUCUUUGGGGAAGAUUCAAUUGCAGCUUUAUGAUAGAGGAAGAAUAUAAUUUUACCUUAGUCCACGCAUGCAAAAAGACCUGGCAUGACAACAAUUGAAUAAUUUAAAAAGUUUUUUGUAUUGUUAUUUCGGUCUGCUAUAGGCAACUUCAGACAGUUUCUGGCACUUAAAAAUUGUUUAAACCUUUUUUGUCAAGAGGUCAAAGAAAUCUGGAGAAAUGAUAGAAAAGUCAUACAAAUCUGCUUGUAAAUUACGACAGCUAAUUUCAGUGGCUCUUGACUGAAAGGGCACUCUAGCCCCCCUUGCCACUCCUUUUAUAAGGUAAGGGUGGAACUUAGCCUAUAAGACCGCUUAUUGAUGUUGAUUGAUUUCAUUAAAUAAACCUUUUGUUCAGGGACGAAAACAAGUUGCUAAUUUUGGAGGGGCGUGGAAGGAUGAAAAUUCCAACUUUAAUUGAGAAAUUUUUCAUUCGACCAGUAAAUCUACUGUACCUACCAAAUUGAUAUUUGUAAAUAGCUCAAACACCAUAGUUCUAUUUUCUUUAUAAUUACCAAAUGUUUACUCAAUAAUUAGCCUAAAGCAUAAAAGCCUAAAUCUCUAAAUUUUGAUUAACAUGAAACAAACGUUUAAGCUUUCUGUAAGAAGUAAAGCAACAUUUAAGCAAAACAGUAUUAGAUAUACGCAGUAUUCUUUCAGAUCAAUUAAUCAAUUUUAUCUAAAAUACAUUUUUUCACGAUAUAGAAGCACCAAGAAUUUGAGCCUUUUAUUUUCGUUUUUGAUCGAAAAAAACUACUAACAAUUUUCAGAGGGCCAAAUGCCUUUUCAUUCUUUACAAUUGAAAUGAUGAUUUGAGAACAAACUUUUGCAUAUGCUUGAUUCGAAAGACGAAACACUCUUCUUUGAUCAAAUACUUCUACUGCAGUUUUUUAAUGUGUUCUUGCUUCACAGCAGUUUUGUCAUAGGAAUUUAUGAUAAGGACUCAAGGACAUUAACAAAUAACAGGGGGAGUUUAGCAUAAACUCGUUUUUUAUAAGAAGCGUUGAGAAUUUUUAGUACUGAAAGAUUCUUAAUCUUUUAUUGAAUUAACUACUCGUAGUUUCUAAAAAAAUUCUCAUUCUAAAAUUUUCUGAUCAAUGCGGGUAUUAUUAUUCCAAACUGUAAGUUUCAAGUUUCUUAUCCGGAAAUUCACCUUGCCUGUUCGUAAUUUUAUUCAACUCCCGUCAGAAAGAAAGAAAAAGAAACGGGGCAAGUGUGCAAUUUGGAUCAAGUGGAGACGGGAUUCACAAUAGAAAACGAUUGGAUGGGUCAGCUUCAGCCUGUGAAUUUUAAUGUUUAGAAUUUUUAUAUUAAAAAUAAAAAAACUUCUUAAAAUAUAAAAUUCACAAGUUUGGUCUUAAGAAAAAAUUCCAAGUCAACCGCAACGUUUUCCAACUGUAACUGGAUUUUCCAAACUUUGGGAGAGCGUUACGCCCCCCACGCCCCCCCUGUUAUUUACGUGCCUGCUUUUGUUGCGAGGAGUUUCCGUUUUGAUGAUCUAAUUUCACGUUGCAGAAAACGUAUAUAGAUACGUUGUUACGUGGAUACGAAGACAACGGUACGUGUAAGUGACAGUAACGCAAAGGAGGAAAUUUAACGGUUCGACAAUGGUCCCUACGAGCCCCCUGCCCCCUUUCCGGUGCCUUUAAUGAAACC